AUGCCGAAGGAUCCUCAUGUGCCGAAGAAGAAGAAGGCGUCUAAAAAGGGCGCUUCAGGAGCUCUCAAGUCAGAUGGACAUGCCUCAGAUCCGGAUACUGGUUCGGAUUCGAGUGACGACGAGUUGACGAUAGAAGAAGAAGCACCUGAAAUGACUCCCGCUGUAUUGACGGUUUCUGCCCCGACUGAUGAACGAGGUAGGGCCAUUUAUGAUGCUGUAAGCGCGGUCUGGUCACCCCGGAAUAAAUCCGUACCUGCCGAGAAAAUCCGAACGGGCAUAGCCGGGUUUGGGGACACCGUGCGAAGCUUGAGAGAUUCCUGGAAGCUCAAAAAUGACAAUCUUCGCAAGGCCGAAUUACCCAAUUCACCAACAGCAAGUGAGGCGACUCGGUUAAAGGAGGAAGCUGCACGCUAUCGAUCUGCCAUGGAAAUCGUCAUGGCUCGGUCACUGACGUUUGGACACCCAGCUGUGGUAAAAAGACUAGGUGAAAAUCAGUUCACGAUGUCAGCCCUAUACUCGUUCAUGCUCGACAGAUUCAACGCCGGAGACUAUGACAGCUCUUUAGUUAGCAAUAUUAUGAAGUUUGUUGUCAAAUUCGAGACUCUUGAUGCAGAGAUGCUCGAAAUGACUAAAUUAUCCAAGAUAUUGCAACGUUUCGCGAAGAAGGCAACCAACGAGUCGAAGACCUUGGCGCAGAACAUCCUUGACAAUGCCGCGGCUGCCACCGCAAAGAAAAGAACCGAUGCAAGCUUGGGCAAAGUUUCUUCACCGGGGACAGUUGAUAGUCCAGGAACUGCAGCGCGAAGGGAAGGAGUGACUGGGAUCAAACGGGCUAGGGAAGGAGAGACAGCCCCUCAGCCAGCGACAAAGAAGGUUGCCAGAGUGGCGUCUAAACCUUUAGCAGUGCAAAAUGCCGAACGUAGAAGGGCUCUAGAAAGCAGUCAAGCGGCGAAGGAUGGCGGCAAAGCCACUGGGAGCGCGACAGUCGCAUCAACUGGUGCGGCUUCCAAGGGGAAGGUGGCAGUAGCAGCACCUCCCAAAUCCGCAGUGUUCUCUUCGCUAGUCUCGGCCUCCAAGAAGCCUGGAACAUCCCUUGCGGCACGGGCUGCUGCAGCAGUGAAAGACAAGGUGUCAAGCGCACCCUCAACGACGAGCACGUCUCAGGUGAAAGACACUGCAAAGAGAGACUCCCCUCCACACAGUGCGAAUAUCACCGUGCCUCUGACCAAGGCAGGCGCGUCUUCAUUCCUAGGCCUAUUAGCCGAUAUAGAGAAGAAGCCAGAAAAAGCAGUAAAGAAGGAUAACGACACUCUUCAUGAGACGGAAGAACAGAAGGCGAAACGCCUAAGAAAGGAGGCUAGACGCAAAUUACGAGUUUCUUGGAAGGCCGAUGCAGACCUUGUGGAGACGCGUCUAUUCACUCACGACCCAAGUGAGGAGAUUGGCCAUAAUGACAGUCAAAUGCGGGAUGCGGGUGAUACAGGCCGUGAAGGUGAAAUGCUGAAACUUCACAAAGGCAUGGAGGACAUCGACGAAGACGAGGAAGACGACGACUCUUUCGAUGACCUCGAACCAUUUAUCCCACCGACAGAAGUUGAUUUCAGUGUGCUUCCAGACGAUGAUCCCGAAGUAAGCCCAAGCACAAUCAACGGAUUCAAGUUUGGUGGUGCAAUGAAACCGGAAAGUGCGACCUGUGAAUCCCAAAACAAGCACGAGUUAGAGACGGUGAUGGCAAUUUACGCGACCAAGGCUGAUCGCCCCUCAACGCCCAAGGAACCUGAUGAUGAUGAGGGUGAAUUCGAGCCUGCCGAGCCAGAAACUCCAUUUGGUGAGCCAAACGAAAAAGUCAGGGCCCGAGAGGAGGAGCACCUAAAUCGCCAGGCUCGGUUAAGACCUAGCAACGGCAUAUAUCCUUCAAAGAAGGAUUUGGCAUUGCAGAUCCAAGCAGGAGAGAUUCCCACCGAGCUCCAACGUGCUCUGAAAAUGUUUGGUCAACAAAGCCAACCAACCCAACCCACGCCACCGCCUCCAGCACCAACAUCCGGGGUAAGCCUGCCAAACGAGGCUCUCCUUCUCGCUUCAGUGCAGCAAAUCAGACAACAAUUGACUGGUCAAGCACCGCAAACACAAUAUCAACCUCCAGUUCAGAACACCAGUGCUCUGGCCAAUAUUGACCUGGCGGCCUUGUUGGCAUCGAUGAAACAGCAAUCCCAGCUUCAAGCUCAACAACCAGUUAUACCGCUAGGGCUAGGGGGCAACUCUUCACCGUUCGUUGCCGCCUCCGACGAUCCUUCCAGAAAGCACUCCAGAACUGACUCGAAUGAGCUCGAGGAGCCAGGGCGUAAGGGAGGCAACAAGAAGAAGAAGGCUGGCUUCGUGGCCGAUCAGUCCAGACCAUACAACUACAAGACCCAAGUCUGUUCAUUUUGGCAGCAAGGAAAGUGUCUCAAGGGCGAUAGUUGCACUUACCUCCAUGGUGACGAAUAA